AUGCGAUGCGCGAACAAGGCCGCCGAGAGCGCGUCUGCACGUCUCUGUGUGGACGCCGAAGCAGAAACAACAGCAACUGAUGUCUCAUCGGUUGCUGAAGCGACCCAGCCUGUGUCACAUGGUGAUACAGGCGCUGGUCAUGAAGACACUCAUGUCUUCACAGAGUACGAGCUCGGUGUCUCGUACUCUCCUGAUACGGAAGACGGAUCCGUAUCGACGGCGAUCGAAUCCAAGCCGCCUGCCAAGCGUGGCAUGGAUGAUGCUUUGCGUCGUAGCAUCUUUGGUUCAUCUGAUUCAUCAGAUGAACCAUCGCCGAAGCGAAGGCGCGAGACUCGGCGAGGUGCCAGUACUUCUGUCGGCACGUCGCAGGAAGAGCGGGACCGCAAUGUCUUGCGUCUCGCUCCUGAAAAGAAAGCAUGGCUGCCUCCAAAGUCGUUCAUGGAUCGCUUGUCGGCGACGACUAGUGAUCGUUAUCGAACACGGUUGUUCGAUUCGUCAAGGAUCCAUCACCUUGACCCCAGUGCGAAAAACUAUCGCGCUGAACAUGAAUUCUUCAUCGAUGCUUUCUUUAGACAUCGAUGGUACAGUGGGAAUCACGAACGUGAUGGUCCCGCACUGCUUCAAGCGUGGAACGCUUACAUCCAUAACCUUGAGGAUGUAGGUCGUGACGUUUGGAACGACAAACUUAUCAAAGCUCGUGAUAAGUUUGAAAAGCGAACCCCGACAGGUGCACGCUACAAGCUGCAUAGUCUGUCAAGGGAGAAAGGAUAA